AUGUCGCAAGCUUUCUCGAUCAAGAACGCGCUGGAGGCGUUCUGGAGCAAGAACACCCCGGAGGAGAAGGACACCCUGAAGGGGAAGGAGGUCACCCGCAAGCGGCAGACGUCUCAGGCGCAGCAGUCAGAGUCGCCUGGCCGGUCCGAACCCCGUGCUGACGCCCGCACGUCUGGCACCACUGGCGGGCAGAGCGGCCGCGACGGCCCCCGGUUCAAGCCGUACAUCCGUGGAAACAAGACGUUGCUGUGCCUCUUCUUCAACUCAAAGCGCGGUUGCCGAUAUGGGGAAGAGUGCAAGUUCGUCCACCAAAAGGCCAAGCCCGUGCAGAUGCGGGCGCAGCGGGAGCGGAGCCCUUCGCGGAGCCAGCCUCCGAGCAGCUCGAGCCCUGGGGGUCGUGGCAGCCCGCACGGACGGCCCGGCCGCAGUGGAGGCGUCGUGACAGGCAGGCGCUCCCGCAGCCGCCGCAUCGGCGGCCGAGCGCGCGGCAGGGGGACCAACGCAAGCCCCGGGCUGGAGGCCGCCAAGCGCCAGGUCCUCCAGGAGCGCAGGCAGCGUGCCCGCAGCGGCACCAGCAGCACCAGCAGCGCCAGCAGCGCCGGCUCGCGCCGGCGCCAAUCUGGCGCGGGCAAGGGCAGCCGCAGGGUGAGUCGCAAGCGGCGCGGGUCCAGCAGCAGCAGCAGCAGCGGCGGGGCCCAGCGUGGUCGCAGUGGCAGCAUCCGCAGGGACGGCACCGCCCAGGCGCGCCGCAAGGCGGCAGCGCCCGCCCCGCAUGCCGCGGAGGCGCCGGCGACAGCGAGGGCGCUGCCCGAGGGCAAGCCCGAGGGGGCUGGGGGCGACAAGAAGGCGAAGGUGUCGAAGUGGGACUUGGAGCCGACUGCCCAGAUGAUGAAGGAGCAGCUGGAGGUGCAGAAGAAGUCCUUCUUCGGGCUGGGCGGCGUGAAGACCCGGGAGGUCUACGUCGGGAAUCUGCCGUAUAACGUGGUCCAGCCAGAUCGGCUCCGCUUGGCCUUUGUGACCCUCUUCAGGGAACUCCCAGCAUACCAGGAGACCUACCCAGACGUGGCUGACCCCAUAGCAGUUCUCACGAUGGGGCACGCUGGAUCGGGAUCGUAUUCGUUCGUGGAGUUCCGUGAUCCAGUCAUGGCGAGCACCGCAAUGUUGUUCAGCGGUUUCGAACUGUGCGGCAGGAGCCUUGGCAUCGGGAGGCCAGGAGCGUACGUGCCUCCUCCGGGCGGCGAUGCCAAAGCCUUAGACGUGACGCCCCUGCGGCAGCGCGGGCUGCUGCCAAAGGCCCCAACGAACGCGAUGUACAGCCAGAAGGAGGCGAAGCUGCGUGAGCUGUACUUUGGCAACCUCGUCCGCUCGAAAACGACCCCAGAGGCCAUCCAGAAGCUCGUCGACCCCGUCGCCCAGCAGCUUAAGGAGUGGCGGGCGGAGACUGGGCCGGCGAUCACCAACAUCAACAUGUGCGCUGAUGGCGCUUACGCCUUCGUGCAGUUUCAGAGCAUAGACUUGGCCACAAAGAUCAUGCAGAUCUUCGAUGGCCAGGAAGUGUUCGGGAGGCCUCUCAGGAUCAGGCGUACGAACACCUACGAAACAGAGAAGGCGAAAGCCGGCCCGCUGGAGCAGCAAGCCAUGGAAGCCUUGCAGGCGAUGAUGCCCGACAAGGUUGCCUCGACAAGCCGUGUGGCGCCCUUCCUCAUGCCACCGCCGCCCCCUGGACCGCCCCCCAAUACCGUCACGCUGCCGCCGCAGCUGGAGGUGGCACCUGCGCCAGCAGAGGUGCAGGCGCUGGGCGAACGCCAGCUGCUGGAGUCGAUGUCAAUGACGGCGCAGGCGGCUCUACGCGCGCCACCGGCUGCAGAGGCCGCAGAACAUGCGGCCAACAGGGCACCUGCGCCCCCCACGGCCAUGCCGCCGACCGAUCCACUGGCCAUGCUGCCGCUGCCUGGCGCCCGCACCUUGGUCACAGUGGCUCCGUCGCCGCCGCCGCCCGGAGCGCCAAUGCAGCUGCCCGAUGCGACUGCGCACUCGACCGCAGAGGCGCCGCCAAUCCCCGCCGCCGAGUUUGCCAAGGCCGCCCCGCGCGAGGCCACGUUGGCAGAGCCGCUGGCGAUGUCGUCUCCGACCAGGGCUCCCGAGCAGCCCGCUGCGGUGGAGGCGCCGCCGCCGCCGCCCAGUGAAUCGACGCAGGCGUUCGCAGCGGCGUCGCCAGCGAUCGCCCCGCCAACCACCACCUCCACGCAGGAGGUGCCGCAGGCGAAGCUACCGCCGCAGGCAGCAGCACCGCAGAUGCUCGCUCCGCUUGCUACUACUGUGCCGCCCGCCACAGCGCUGGCGCCGCCAAUCACAGUGGAGACGCCGCAGAAUCCAGACACUCUCCACGGGAUGCUACAUGGGGAGGGAGCGGAAGCGGAAGCGAGCGUCUCGCCGCCGCGGCUCACUUCUCCUACGGCCCUCUGA